AUGUGGGAGAGCAGGAGAGCGCUUCAGCGGGCAGUCGCGGAGAAGCUGAAGCUCCCCAAUGAAGUGAUGGAGUUGUUCGACAGGCAGGACGAGGAGGAUGAUUUCCGCGGGGUUGCCCCGGGAUCCCGAGCUGAGGUGCAACAAGUUGUCAGGGAGAUGUAUCAGCACAUAAAGAAACUGGAUAACAGAUUCUUGGUGGUUUUCCACAAUGGAAGCAGCGAGGAGAUUGAUCUUGCCAGUUUGUGUGGCUUCCCUCUGUCCGGGUACUCGACCAGCAAGGUGCUGUGGACAUUCCAAGGGAGAUUCCGGCUCAAACCUCGGACGAAAGUUGACAUGGCCAUGAAGACUGACUCUUUUAUCUCGGCAUACCCAUCCUAUAAAAUGCGAGAGGAGCUCUGGCCCUACCUUGUACUCCAAGAGGCUGCGGAAGUAGUUGCGGCAUGCAAGGUCAAAACUGGGUCUGCCGGCAUUAUCGAUCAGCCCGAACAAGUGGUCGAGUGCUUCCAGUACAUAUGCGAGCUAUGUUGCAGAGGCAGUCAGUGGAUUGACUAUGAUUUGGACACCCACAUCACCAACUACUGGGUAUGUGAUGGCGUCAUACAUCAGCAGCUACAACAGGGACAGAGAGAUGAUGGGUUGUGGCGAGCUGCUGAUGCUCUGCAGUUUGAGAUGCAACUGGAUGCGGACUACCAUCAAUAUUUGCUUUCCCCUCACUUAUUAGCAACGUUUGUCAAGAGCAAGCCAUUCUGGAGUUCACCGACUUGUGGGUUUACUCGGAUCUCGGACCGAGCUAUUCCAAAUGGAGGCAUGUUCCAACACUAUGCUGACAAGCUUAGUGUUCUCAAGCUCUCAGGCUGCACCUUUGAUUUUCAGGCACCUCCAUUCCUCUGCUCCCAAAGCCUCAGGUUUCUGUGGCUUGACCAUUGCCAAGGCACCAUGACAAGCACAGAUCGAGCGGGAAAGGAGGACGACAUCCGCCGGUGCUUUCAGAGCUUGUGGGUGCUCGACGUGCGCUACACAGACUGUGAUCAGAUAUUGUCUGCGCAGAUGUUGGCUCUCAUGACCCAGCUCAGGGAGCUAAAUGUGAUCGGAGCCAAGGGAUGGGACAUGGGCCAGCUACAGGGACGAUUGCCUAACAUCCGCAAGCUCCGAGUAAAAAAGUCUGGUGUCAAAUGCAGUUGCUCGGAAAAUGAUCUGUUCUCGGAGAUGAACCAGAUGGAGCAUCUUGACUUUUCAGGAAACUAUACGACUGGUGGCUCAUUUGGGCCAGGGGUAAGCAGCAAUGUUAGUUGCCUUGAGACUGUCGUCAUUGUUGACGGAUGUCAUGUGGGACAACAAAUCUCCUUCCGCGGAUGUACUAAACUGAACAAUCUACUCUUGGGAGGAGGGAUGUGGCUCCACACCCUAGACAUCUCAGGCACAGCAGUGAAAACACUAGAUCUCAGUACAACAGACAUCGGGCACCUUGAUGAGCUCUAUCUACUUGACUGCGAGAAGCUUUGUGCAAUCCUGUGGCCACCGAAAGAGCAAAUGAAACAAGAAGGCUUGGGUAAGCUGUGCAUUGAUACCACGCAGUCAGCACCCACUGCCCAAUCGAGAGAAGAAAACCCCAAGAGGGGAACUAGUACUGCUACUACAGGAACAUCAGUAGCACCUGCAGCUGCACCACAUGGCAGUCGGCCAAGCAGUGAAUUUGACUGGCACAUUUCUGUACGGGACGCAAGGCUCCUUGGGUCCCUGAAGCCAGUCUAUUCUGAUUCCCGCAAGGCAUAUGUGGAGAUUUCCUCUCCUCCUCAUCCUACCGCUGUUGGUGGUGGUGGCAAAGAUGAAGGAAUAUUCAAGAGCGCAGGCAGUCGUGAGCAGCAAUUGCUGGUAAACCUGCAGCGUCAGCCUGCGCCUACAGUAUACACAGAUAUCUCCGUGGACCGCGUACAACAAGCUAGUGAAGGCGGUGAUGAUACUCUGGGAAUCAUGUGGAUGUGGCCUUGCCCGGAUGUUCCUGAUCUUCCAGAAAAGAUGUGCUACAUGCACAUACAAGACCAGAUAAAGACAAAAUUACCUCAAGGUAGUGAAGAGACUAGUACUAUUACUGUCCCAGAGUUUGUAACUUUCUCUGCUAAGAUCCUGCAUGUGCACGAUAGCCUGUCCAUCACUAGUAUCACUUCAGAAGAAUAUGAUGGUUCAGUAUGGCCUGACCUAGAGUGGUGCAGAAUCGAGAGGUGCCCCAAUUUGGACUUUGUCUUCAAUGAAGUUCAAGGCUUUAGCGCCACAUAUCAGCUGAGAAUAUUCUGGGCAUCCCAACUCUUAAAGUCAAGAUAUAUCUCGACAUCAAAUGGACUUCUGCCCCAGGCUUAUACACGUACUCCCUUUGACCAUGGUCGAGGAAGAGGACAGCUUGUGCCUCCUGGAGACCCUUGA